CAGAGCUGCCACUGUUUGGAUAAACACUACGCUAGUUCAGUAGCAGCUUUUCUCGCCUCCGUGUCUCUCCUGCCGGGACUUGUCAGCACUCAUCUUGACCGUGCAGCAUAGCAGUAUUAUGCAAGCACCGUCCGGAGUGUGGGAGCGCCGUGUGAAGUGAGUUUCCUUGAAUCAUCUAUAUGGGCCAUCUUCUCUCGAAAAAUGGUUACCGCCUGAAGAAGAGGACACGCAAGUUACAUCACAGGAAGAAGAAGAAGAGGAACUGUUUCCUGCAGCUGCCUUGCAUGCUCUGCUUCAUUGUCCACAGCAACAGCAGCGGUCUUGACGACGACAGCGACCAUUUGGAGGCCGGCGUCAACGGCAGUGUGUGCCGUCACAACAGCAUCACGGGAAUCAGCGUGCCUGGUGUGGGUGGAGUUGGCAUUGGAGCAGCAGCUGCCUCAAAGCUUGCCGAGCGAUACGCAACCCUCGCAUCUCCUGAGGACUGCUCCAAGUUCCUGUUAUCACCACGGGAGCUGGCUAUCUGGGAAGGUCAAGGAAGGAGCCUUCUUUCAGCCGUUCCUGCCAAACUGAUUCCACCUCCGGCACUGUUCCGAACCGCUGGGGUCUCUGUGACCGUGCCCAUACCUGUUCCUGUGCCUGGCUGCACCAGCGACUACACUGAGAUGGUGUGUAAGAGGAAGUGCUCAGAGGUGCAGAGGUGCACCCCCUGCAAGCAGCCGCGCUGCGCCUUCGCUGCCCCUGAAGGAGGGCUGGAGAACGGGGGAGUGGGAGGAGGCGGGGGAGAGGCUGCCUCGAAUUCUGAAACCGGCCACUGCCACCUUCCCCUUUGUCCACUUCCCUCCUCCUCCGCUUCUUCUUCCUCUGCCUCCUCCUCUUCCUCCUCACCUGCCGAUGGCUGCUGUGGGUUGGGUCUUCAUGCCGAUUUGCCACACAGUUCAGACUCGUCCCCCUGCUGCCUGCAUCAAUAUGAUGACUGCCAGGCGAGAAGUUCUGACGCUGCUGAUCACUCAAGUAUCAACCACCUGCCUUCCUCCAUCCUUCUUAAGGUGCUCUCCCACCUGACAGUGAAGGAGCGCUGUCUGUGUGCCUCUCUGGUGUGUAAGUACUGGAGGGACCUCUGCUUGGACUUCCAGUUCUGGAAACAAAUUGACCUCAGUGGCCUACAACAAGUAAACGAUGAUCUCCUGGUGAAAAUAGCCUCUCGGAGGCAGAAUGUGACAGAGAUUAACAUCUCGGAUUGCAGAGGGGUCCAUGACCAUGGUGUGUCCUCCCUGGCCUCACAUUGUCCAGGCCUGCAGAAGUACACAGCGUACCGCUGCAAGCAGCUGGGUGACAUGUCCUUGUCGGCCUUGGCCACACACUGCCCUCUGCUGGUGAAGGUGCAUGUGGGCAACCAGGACAAAUUGACGGAUGAAGCACUAAAAAAGCUGGGAGAGCACUGCAGUGAGCUGAAGGACAUCCACUUGGGUCAGUGCUACAGUAUCACAGAUGAAGGCAUGGUGGCCUUGGCUAGAGGAUGUCCUAAACUGCAGAGACUCUACUUGCAAGAGAACAAACUGGUCACUGAUCGAUCUGUGCGAGCCGUUGCAGAGCAUUGUCCUGAGCUGCAGUUUGUUGGCUUCAUGGGAUGCCCAGUGACCUCUCAGGGAGUCAUCCACCUGACUGCGCUACGAAACCUGAGUGUCCUGGACCUGCGGCACAUCUCGGAGCUUAACAAUGAGACGGUAAUGGAGGUCGUGAGGAAAUGUCGCAACCUCAGUUCCCUCAACCUCUGUCUCAACUGGAGCAUCAACGACAGGUGUGUGGAAAUCAUCGCCAAGGAGGGGAGAAGUCUGAAGGAGCUCUAUCUUGUGUCUUGUAAAAUCACAGACCACGCUCUGAUAGCCAUUGGCCAGUACAGCAGCACCAUAGAGACAGUGGAUGCCGGCUGGUGUAAGGACAUCACAGACCAGGGAGCCACUCAGAUCGCUCAGAGCAGCAAGUCCCUCCGCUACCUGGGCCUCAUGAGAUGUGACAAGGUGAACGAGGAGACGGUGGAGAGGCUGGUGGUCCAGUACCCUCACAUUGUUUUCAGCACGGUGAUGCAAGAUUGCAAGAGAACCCUGGAGAGAGCUUAUCAAAUGGGCUGGAGCCCCAAUACAUCGAACACUUCGUAGCUACUGUACCGUUGGGUCACACACACACACACAUACACACAUACACCUACACAUACAGACACACAUAGCUACAGAGAGGCCCUUUUUGUGUACAGACACACAUACACAAUAUCUGCAGCUGAGUCAUGUUUGGCUCUCAUCCACAGUUCAAACAUGCAUGUAAACAUGUAGCUACACACUCACAAAGGUCCAGUCCAUCAAGAGUUUCAUUUGAAGCAAAUCUCCCAUUUUAAUCAUUUAAGUGAAAUAUUGACCUCCUGGUAUUUUAAAGUUAAGUAAGAUGUCAUAUUUCUACCAAUAAUAGGUUAUAAUUAACAGCUUGACUGAAUCGUCUUCAUCAUCAGUGUCAAUAAGACAAAUCACAUCCAACAAUAUAGCGUACUUUCUUUGACCAGAACCUUGGGUGACUGGUUUGUUUUGGUGCAGAACAGUGCACCAACAAGUAUUAUUUAAGUGACAGUUACUCAGCUGAUAGAGUAUUAAGCCUCGUACCUUAAAGCCAUCUGUAUCACCUUGGAUGGAGCAGAGGUAAAGACGCACGAGGAGAAGGAGGCAGGGCGGUCUGGUCUUGAAGACUUGAAAAAGAUUCAAAGUAACUUUCAGGGAUGGUCGGACAAAAAAGGUUUGUCGCCCCGGCGUUCCAGAGAACUGCGCCCAUGUCUGACCUUGGCUGUGUUUACAUCAUUCAAACUGAACUCAACUGCUGCAGCGAGAUUGCACAAGACACAGCAAAGACUUGGAGGUCCGGAGACGCCAUCCCACAACUUCAGACCGGAGGACAACUGAGCUGCCAGGGCUUCAACCUCACUUGAGGCAUUUUGAGAAAACUGUGAUGUUUAUUUUGUCCAAUUAGAAGUUUUUUUUUUCUUUUUGUGGAUGUCCAGUACAGUGUUAAAGGCAUUUGUGGACUCAUACUUGCUGAGAUGUUUGAUGAGGCUCCAUUUGAAGGACAGAGCUCUUUGCUGUGACUUAAUAUGCACAUUGUCAUGGUACAGAAGAAAGAUUGAAACCCCUGGCAAAUUCAUGGAAACGAAAACAGCAUUGAUUAUUUCUCAACACCUGCAUGUUUACAUUGAGAUCCUCAUCUUAUUUUUUUCAGCGGCAGAGAUAGUAUCUACAGAUGAUCUGAUGCUGAAAGGAGCAUCUGUAUGACUUGGGAACAAUGCUGUUUUUGAUGCCAUGCUAUAGAUUUAGGGUGGACUGAGCUUCACCUUGAGAACAGGAUGAAAUCAAACAGUGCUUGAAAUAGAAGUUGCCUUUACUUAAAAACCCUGGGUCAUGUUAUCAGAAUAUUAACCACAACCACCGUGAUGACAGGUAAGAGGAAACGUUGCCUUAAGUGGUUAGUAGGUAAUUGCCAUCCAAUUAGCGACCUAGAAUCGACCCAGAAUUUACUGAACAAAUGUUUAUCUGAGUUUAUAUGAUACCAUAUUCCCAUUUAUUGAUCUGAUAUAUACAUAUAAAUAAAUACUGUGUGGGAUUUACUUAGCCUAAUAUUGGUUUUGAGCAUAUACUUGUAACAUUAGCUAUGUAGCAAUGAAAUGAGGGAUUUAUCUUUCUUAGUGGUGUAGGAUGUAAAGAAGAAACUGGCCUGCGCCUAUAACCAGGGCCAGUGGAAGUUGUUAGGAGAGAGUUGAUCGUUUUUCAUCUAUUCUAUAGAAACUCAGUAGUGUACAGUUGAAAAUGCAAAUAACCAGGGUAUUUUUCUAUGGUGUGAACCAGCUCUGGGCUCAGCCUCCACACACUGUCACUCAGACAUGAACAAUAGCUUACUGAGCUUAGGGUUUGAGCAGAACUGUAAACUUUCUACAGCAUAUAGAGAUUUCAGACAAUUAAAAACACCUUCAUUUUACCCUUGUCAGGAUUUGUAGACUUUAACCGACGGAGAGUUUCUCCCUCUGCCUGUUUUUGUUCUGUUUCUGUUCUUUUGUAAUCCCCAUAUGCACUUUCUUCUCUGCUAGAUGUUGACACACUUGAUUCCUGAUUUGUUAAGGCAACCGUAAAUGACUGGAUUUACAUAAAGAUGAAUAAAACACUACUUCAAGCUUUUUUUCUCUUUUCCUUUUGUAUGGGUGGAAUUGAAGCAGGAGAAGAAUAUUCAAAAUGACAGAGGAAUACUUUUCCGCUCAUUUUACAUAAUCUCUGGACUGUUCGAACAUUUUUUUUUCUUGCAUGUUUUCCAGACUUUUUAUUAAAUCAAUUGAAUUUCAGCACAAAGACCACAGUGGCUAUAAUAGUCGACUUGGUGAAAUCUAAAUUCAACACAGAUUGCAUCUGUUUGCUCAGGUAAAAUGCAAAUGAGGAUACCAGCAUGUUUUCCAUCACAACCAAAGGCCUUGGAAUGCGCAAGUAUGACAUACCCAAGUCUCUGUAU